AUGAGGCUUCUCAUUCUCACCCUGUUUUUCGUGGUUUGGGGUCUCGGCGAGUCGCAACUCGUCACCACAUCAGCACCGACAAAUGUGACGGCGACAAAACCGUCGACAUACAUCCUCGUCGCGCCCGCCGUCAUUCGACCCGAUCAGCCGUAUUCAGUAUGUCUGAAUCUGAUUCGGCAGCCGACCGAUGAGGAGAUGAUUGUGCGUGUCGAGGUUCGCACGAUGCUCAAUGAGACGAUCGCCGCGAGAGUGAUGAGCAAUCUGAAGCCGGGCUCGGCGCAGACCGUGAGCCUCAGCGAGAUGCCGGCACAAGCUCUAAGCGCCGAGGAGAAAUAUAAAAUCUACAUUCGCGGCGAAACUCUCAAUUCAGAAGUGAUAUUUGAAAAUGAGAAACCGUUAAACUACCAUCAUAAAAGCCUCUCAACGUUUAUUCAAACCGACCGGGCCAUCUAUCGUCCAGCUUCUCUUGUACAAUACCGAGCAGUUCUCGUCAAAUCCGAUUUGAAACCGUUUUCGGGAAAUAUCACUGUGAAAAUAAUGGAUCCGAGUCUGAAUAUCAUCUCACAAACGAUCGAUGUCCCUUUGGACAGAGGAGUCUACAGCGGAAAAUUGCAAUUAGCUGAGGAGACCUUACUAGGCGAUUGGACAAUUGAAGUGACCGCCUCGAACGGCGACAAAUCUCGCACUACGUUUACUGUAGAUACGUACGUUCUGCCAAAGUUUGAAGUCAAUAUCAAGACAUCCUCGUUUAUCACUGUCAACGACGAUCUUUCUGUAUUCGUGGAUGCCAAGUACACAUAUGGCAAAGGAGUUUCCGGAAAAGCGAAAGUGUCGCUUGAAUUGCCAUGGCAUAGAUGGCACGUUUCAAAAAUUAUCGACGACGGAGGCCACCCGAAAGAGGAAGAGAUGGCUGUUGAACGAACGGUGAAACUAAAUCGGCAAGGAGAAGCUGCCGUGGUUUUCACGAAUGAUGAGCUCACCAAACACAAAUUGCUACAUGAAUGGGGAGGAGGAAGUAUUCGAAUUAUUGCGUCGGUCACUGAAGAUAUCACUGAAAUCGAAAGGAACGCUACUCAUCAAAUCUCGACGUAUCGCGAAGAAGUCAAACUCGAUGUCGAGAAGCAAGGAGACACAUUCAAGCCGGGAUUGACAUAUAAUAUUGUGGUUGCUCUGAAGCAAAUGGAUGAUACUCCUGUUAAAGCGACACUGCCUCGUCGAGUUCAAGUCACUACCUACUACAACUAUCCGUACAAUCAUGAUACUUCUUCGCUUCAAGAAGAGAAAGAGAUCAAAUUAGUGGAAGUCGAUGCUCAUGGAACAAGUGUGCUCACACUUCAGCCGCCGAUCAAUUGCACAAGUGCGAGAAUCGAAGCGCAUUACGAUAUGAGCGGAAAAGACAACUUCACGGCCACCGGAAUUUAUUCGAGUCUCUACGUCGAAGCCGCGAAAAGUCCGACGAACAGCUUCUUGCAGCUGCUCGCCGACAAUGAAGGACCGGUCGAUGUUGGAAAGAGCCUGUCGUUCUCAUUAAAAGCCACACAUCCGUUGACUUCAAUCACCUAUCAGGUGAUGUCGCGUUCGUCGAUAGUUCUUUCCCAACAAAUGACGGUCAAUUCCGAGCACGCGACCAUUUCGUUCCAGGCACAACCAAUUAUGGCCCCGAAAUCUCGUCUUAUUGUUUACGCGAUACGAGAAAACAGCCAAGAAGUUCUCGUAGAUGCCGUCGAUUUUAAGGUCGAGGGAAUCUUCCAAAAUCAGGUCUCAUUGGCUAUUGACAAGCAGGCCGUCGAGCCUGGACAGAACGUCAAUUUCAAAAUCACUGCUGAGAAGAACUCAUUUGUCGGCCUUCUUGUUGUCGAUCAGAGCGUUUUGCUGCUGAAAUCCGGCAACGACAUCACUCGCGAAAAAGUUGAGUCGGAUCUUGAGGAUUAUGAUAGCACCGGAUUCUCGUCGAGGCCCUGGGAGGUUUUGGAGCGCCGAAAACGACGAUCGAUCUGGCACCCAUGGUGGGGAGUUGGCGGAAGUGACGCUGACUCGAUAUUCCAAAACUCUGGACUCGUCGUUCUCACUGAUGCUCUUCUUUACCGCGAGCCAAUUGCAAAUCGGCCUUUUGCAUUCCGUUCUCCUGGUCCACUUGUAGCUAUGCGAAUGGACAGCGAGGUGCAGGCCGAGGCGGCGGUGCCGGCGUCGAUGCCCGAAGCUCCAACUGUUCGCAAAUUUUUCCCGCACACCUGGAUCUGGUCGGAUCUCAACACUACCUCGUCUGGAGAAGUUGAGCUGAAUGUGGCCGCGCCCGAUACUAUCACUUCUUGGGUCGCAUCGACGUUUGCGAUCAAUGACGAAAUGGGAUUAGGAAUAAGUCCGACGACGUCGAAAUUGCGCGUGUUCCGACCAUUCUUUAUUCAACUCAAUUUGCCAUAUUCGGUCAGACGAGGCGAAAAAUUUGCACUUCUUGUCUUGGUCUUCAAUUAUAUGGAGAAGGAACAAGAUGUGACAGUCACUUUGAAAUAUGACUCGGACUCGGGAUACGAUCUUCUUCGCAAGGAUGGAACAAUUGUUAAGAGGGACGAAGUCGCCCAGGAGAAUGUGCGAAUUGUUAGCGUUGCUGGUGGCGGAACAUCCAAAGCUGUCUACUUCCCAAUCGUGCCAUCAGCAAUCGGAAAUGUCCCAAUUUCUGUGAGCGCCAUUGGCAGUCAAGGAGGAGACGCGGUUGAAAUGGACCUCAAAGUCGAUCCACAAGGAUACCGAGUGGAUCGCAAUGUUCCAUUCGUUGUUGAUCUGAAUAGCAAUGGAAGCACAUUCUUGAGAAAUCUCGAAUUCGAUUGGCCGAGUGAUGUUGUCGAUGGUUCGCAAAAAGCAAGAAUCGAUGUGAUCGGUGAUAUUAUGGGACCCGUAUUAUCAAACGCCGACAAGCUCGUUCAAAUGCCGUAUGGAUGCGGAGAGCAGAAUAUGCUCAAUUUGGUCCCAAAUAUCCUUGUUGUGAAAUACCUGCGAGCUACCAACCAGAAUGAAUCGGCGUUGGAGCAAAAAGCGAUCAAAUUCAUUGAAGCUGGAAUCCAAAGAGAACUGACUUAUAAACGCGCUGACAACUCGUUCUCCGCGUUCGGCGAAAGCGACAAAGCGGGAAGCACGUGGCUGACCGCAUUCGUCGUCCGCUCGUUCCGCCAUGCUAAGGAAUAUGCAUUCGUUGACUCCAACGUGAUUUCACGUGCGAUCGCGUUCCUCAAUUUGCAGCAACUCGAAUCGGGAGCGUUUGCCGAACUCGGUGAGGUCCAUCAUAAGGAUAUGCAAGGUGGUGCUCAAGAAGGCGGAGUUGCUCUCACUGCGUUUGUGCUCAUUUCACUAUUGGAGAACGAUGUGACGAAUGCGAAGGCUGUUGCUUAUUUGGAGAAGCAUUUGGAUGAAGUGGCACAGAAUGCGUAUAGCGUCGCCGUCGUCGCUUAUGCUCUUCAUCUGGCGAACAGCAAACAGGCGAAGAAGGCAUUCGAUAUGUUGAAGAAGCACAAACUGGAAGAGAAGGACGGCUCGUUGCGAUUUGCCAGUGUCCACAAAACCGAAAAGACCAAGGAAUCGUCGGCAUACGUUUUCCAAGCGAGACCUGUUGACAUUGAAACAACAUCGUACGCUCUGCUAACAUACUUAUUGAACGAUAAGACCGCCGAAGCUGUACCGAUUGUUCGCUGGCUGAUCUCGCAGCGAAAUGAGCUUGGCGGAUUCACAUCGACACAGGAUACUGUAAUGGCACUACAAGCGUUGUCGGGAUACGCAGCCAAAACCUACUCGGCCAAUCAGAAUCUGCAGUUCAGUGUGAUCAAUGGAAAACACAAUCACACCUUUAAUAUAACAUCGAGGAACGCGAUUGUUCUCCAAUCUUAUCAAAUUUCGAAUUUGAACGAUCCGAUUUCGGUGAACGCCUCUGGAAAUGGAAUCGUGUUCGCGCAAUUGUCCUAUUCGUACUAUCGCGAUUCACUGAAUGACGAUGCUCCAUUCUUCUGCUCGAAAGAAAUCAAAGAGAUGAGAGGUGGAAACCGAUUGCAGCUCGAUUUGUGCUGCAACUACACUCGACAAGGAAAAUCGAAUAUGGUGUUGGCCGAAGUCGAAACUCUCAGCGGUUAUCGAUUCGAUGCCGAUCAAAAGGAGCGACUCACUUCAAUUGAAGAUCUGCAGCGAGUGGAAUUUGAGAAUGAGGAUACCAAAAUGAAUGUCUACUUCAAUCCGCUUGGUGGAAAACCAGUGUGUCUCUCGCUUUAUUCGGACGUCACCUAUCAAGUAGCUGAUCAGAAGCCGGCGAAUCUUCGAAUCGUCGACUACUACGAUCCAGAAGAACAACUCAAAAUGACAUAUUCGGCGAAGCAGACACGAUCGCUUCAAGAGAAAUGCGGGGAAGAAUGUUGGCCGCCAACUUCACCAUUGUUACCGCCAACCGAUAAACGUCGUCUAACUCAAAUUGAGGUGCUCAUAUUUCGUUGCCCAGUGGAAUUUGCGCGGAUUCUCGCCAUUCACAUCCGUCUUCGCUACACGUAUUAA